UGGACCCAUGUGUUUGCUCGGGACAUAACCUGUAUCGUUUUGGGCAUAAAAGAGGGUUGAAAGAAGGAAUAGAUGAAUUUUAAUGAUGCUAAGAAUGAAAUUCUACAGGUGUUGUCCAAAACGGACAGACAACAUCUUCCAAAGCUGCUCGAAUGGUUGAAAACAUCUGAUGAUCUCGACGAUUUUCUGGUGGACAAUCAAAGUAUUAUUCUUCAAAGUAUUUCUGAAGACCUCAGGGCUUGCCUUCCUUUGGAGGCUAUGGCUCCCUCAGAGACCAUGGCUAUCCAGAAGACCAGUCAGAAGUCUCUUCCCACAGUACACGUGGAUGCGUUCUUGUACGAUGAGGAAACCGUAGAUUCCCUGUGUGAAGUGGGAAAAAUGAGUCGCAACUACUGCCUCGACUGUGCCUCUCACAGAACAGCACCAUUGGAGUUCAUCUCGCAUUCAUUCUCCAUUCCGGAACUUCAGUUCCUAUUCCAAAAUGUUCUCCCGGACCUCACAGGAAAACAAGUGAUUGAUGUGGGAUCAAGACUAGGAGCUGUUUUAUAUGGGGGUUACCUCUACAGUGCGGCAGCUCAGCUCAUGGGGAUUGAAAUAAAUUCAGAGUUUGUCAAACUUCAAACAAUGACUGUGGAGAAAUAUGGCUUUAGUGACAGGAUUCAGGUUAUUCAUGCAGAUAUCCGGUCCCAGGAUGCAUUAGUGCAAAAUGCAGAUGUUUUAAUCAUGAACAACGUGUUUGAAUACUUUAUGGAGCCAAGCGAUCAAAUGCAAGCUUGGAAAUUCAUAAGUCAUCAUUUUAGAAAGAAAGGUGCACUGUUGGUGACUGUACCCAGCAUUCAAGAGGCACAUGCUGUACUUCAAGAAAAUGUUGUAAGAAGCAUUACUGUAAUAUGUCUAAUACAUAUUACAUAUAAUGUUGUUUGCUGGUUGAAAAGUGUCAUAAGUAAAAUUUCAAGUGACUUUUAUUAUGUGUUUUUCAGUCCCUGGAGAUGUUACCGCUUUGCCAGUGGGUAGAGGAAGUACCACUUGAUUACACUGUUUACAUAAAAAAUGACACAGAUGCUGAUUCUCUCAAGCAAAUUCAUCUUUACAGGGUACUGUAACACAGGUCUUCUGAAACAGUGGAACCACUGUGAAUGAAUAACCUCAAUGAGGCCAUACCAAAUAAAUUAUGCAAAUAGAUUUGAUUACACAAAAGUUUAAAUUAACCAUGUAGUGACAAAACUCGAGCUAGCAUUUAUACUUCAUUUAGGCAAUAUAUGCCAAAGGAAAAACACUCUUUGUUAUGCCAUAGAUUCGUUUUAUUCACUUUUCUUAUGUUGUUCAGAGAUUGCACUUCUAUGGUUUAGUUGUCAUCGAUAUAUAAUAAAUGCUCUUUGUGAAAGUG